AUGACAACCACCAACGAUGGACAAACUCCACCGGUGAACCCGACCCCGAACCCGACAGCGACUUCGACGACGACAACGAAGGAGGUCCGACAUACUAUAUAUUCGUACGAUCUAACGGCGGCCGACAAUCCUGGAGCGGUGAUCUCGCAUCCCUUACUCACGGGUACGAACUACGAUGAGUGGUCUUGCGGUAUGAAGACAGCAUUGUGCUCACGGAAGAAAUUUGGGUUUCUCAAUCGAGUUAUCCCACGACCUGAUGAAGGCUCUCCCAACCUAGAGGACUGGUGGACAAUCAAGGCGUUGCUUGUGUCCUGGAUCAAGAUAUCUGUGGGACCACCUGAAGAAGAGAUUUUGGUGACUAAUGGACCAAGAGUUCAACAAAUCAAGGCGGAUCUUGUAGGCUGCAAACAAAGGGGUCUCACCAUUGAGGCCUACUUUGGGAAAUUAACUCGCAUUUGGGAUAGCAUGGCGAGUUAUCGUCCUCUUCGCCUGUGUAAGUGUGGUAGGUGUGAGUGCGAUCUUGGCAUGCUUCAGGAGAGAGAUCGUGAAGAAGAUAAGGUACAUCAGUUCCUGUUUGGACUCGAUGAUACACUUUACCUAACUGUGAGAUCGAGCUUAGUCUCGCGAAUUCUGAUUCAACCUAUGGAGGAGAUUUACAAUACCGUUCUCCAGGAAGAAGAUCUGUUGAAAAACGGUGCCAAUAGUCGUGAGAAAACUGCCGAGGUCAGUGCCUUUGUUGUUCAUGCCAUGCAACGUGUUCGUAAAGAAGGCAAAGACAAGCAUGUUGUGUGUAAGCAUUUCACCGAUCGACCACGUUCUCGCGCAUCGCAAAGUCAAGGCCGUGGACAUGGAGGUUUCAAUGGAGGUGCUGGACGAGGUCGUGGUAUAACAUUCGCCAACGCCGUUCAAGUUGCCGCUCCUUCAGGCUCUACGAAUGCUAACUAUGUUGUCACGGAUAAUGAUCGUGAUAAGGUGCAAGUUAGUGAUGCUCAAUGGAGAGCCAUUAAAAAUCUUCUCAAUGCCGAUAUCUUAACGGAUGUUAGAGAUAUGGCUCCAGUUGGGUUUGUGUUAGCCGAUGGUAGAGAACGUAUUUUGGUUAAAGAAGGCUCUGUUAGGCUUGGACCAAACUUUCUCCUACAAUCUGUUUAUUUUGUUGAGGAAUUUCAGUCUGAGUUGAUUUCACUGAGUCAGUUGAUGGAUGAGAAUCAAUGCGUCGUACAGUUGGCUGAUCAUUUCCUUGUUGUUCAGGACCGUAUUUUGAGGACGGUGACGGGAUUUGGUAAGCGUUUGGGAGGAACCUUUCACUUUAGAAGUUUGGAGUACACUGCAUCCAUUACUGUUAGAGAUGCAAAGUCGUUUGAACUCAGGCACAAUCGCAUGGGUCAUCCAGCUGCUAAAGUCGUGGGUCUGCUGCAUGGAGUUUCUCAUAAUAUUUCUUCUACUAUUUUGAAUAAAGUGUGUGAUACAUUUCUCCACGCUAAACAAACACGGUUGAGUUUUCCGAUUAGUGAGAAUAAGACAACAGACAUUUUCGAAUGGAUUCAUUGUGACUUAUGGGGACCGUAUAGGACUCCCAUGUAUUCCGGUGCUAGGUUCUUCCUCACCAUUGUCGAUGAUUACUCUCGCAGUGUGUGGAUACACUUGUUGAAUGAAAAAUCUGAGGCUCCAACCCAGCUUAAGAAUUUCUUAACAAUAACAACACGACAGUUCAACACACAAGUUCAAAAGAUACGAAGUGAUAAUGGGUCUGAGUUUGUGUGUUUGCGUAACUUCGUCAACACUCUUGGCAUAGUUCAUGAAACGUCUUGCUUCGGUACUCCGCAAUAG